AUGGAAUUCUUAUCCAGAUUGCUCUUAAAUGCUGAGACUAAUCACUUAAUUUCAGGUGUAAAAGAAGCUAGGAAUGCUCCAGGUCUCACUCAUCUUAUGUUUGGUGAUGAUAUUUUGGUUUUCACUAAGGAAGAUAUGCACAAUAUAGAGGGUAUUAUGAGUGUUCUUGACUAUUUUAGCAGUGUUUCUGAAAAGUUGCUCAAUCUAGACAAAUCUAGUGUUUACUUUAGUCAUAACAUUCCUCCAAGUUAUAGAGAUAUUCUAGCAAGAGAACUUAGAAUUACUGAAAUGACUGACACUAAUAAAUACUUGGGUGUGACUUUGUUAAUUGAUAGGGAUAAAACCAAGGCUUUUAUACCUCUUAUGCAAUCCUUUGGCACUAGACUGAAGUUUUGGAAAGGUAAGACAAUGAAUCACUCUGCUAGAACAACUAUGGCUAAACAUGUUUUGAAUGCUUUGCCUACUUAUCAAAUGGGGUGUUUUAGAAUUCCUAAAACUAUGAUAGAUCAGAUGGACUCCAUCCAAAAGCACUUUUGGUGGGGGCAUAGUGAUAACAAGGGAUUGUGUUUGAUAGGAUGA